AUGGAUCGAUCACAUUUUGCUACUAGCAAAAACUUCAACAGAGUCUUGAAGGCAUUGAACACACUAGCACCAGAGAUGUUGGCUAAACCUCGAUCUGAAGUGCCAGCUAAGAUAAGAGAAAGUACACGAUUUUACCCCUACUUUAAGGAUUGUAUUGGAGCUAUUGAUGGUACACAUAUUCCAACCAUGGUGAAGGGAUGUGUGAUCAGCAGCUAUCGUAAUCGUCAUGGAAAGAUAUCACAAAAUGUAUUAGCAGCAUGUAACUUUGAUUUGGAGUUCAUAUACAUGCUCAGUGGAUGGGAAGGUUCAGCUCAUGAUUCAAAAGUGUUAAAUGAUGCUUUAUCAAGGAGGAAUGGACUCAAGGUACCACAAGAGAACGAGUCUUCAUCAUCUUCACCAUUACCAGGGAGUGAAGGAGAUAAUGUGGAACAAGUCUUUGAAACUCAAGAACAACAACGAGAGAAUGCUAAUGAAUGGAGAGUUGGUAUAGCUUCUGACAUGUGGAGAAAUGCCAUGCAAGAUAAUAACGCAACUCAACGAUAA